AUGCGGCCGAUCUCUUCCAACGCCCUAACAAGAGCCCUGUUCAGGAGACGAGUGUUUGAGGAGGACAACGGCCCGGGCGUUGAAGAGUUUAAGAAGGUGUUAGAAGAGAACUUCAAGCUCGCCACCGGUUUGAACAUUGAGGAUUUCAUCCCAUGGGUCAAAGCUUUGGAUGUGCGUGGCUUUGUGGCUAAGCUGAAGAGGCUUCACCGUUGGUAUGAUGACACCUUGACCAAAAUCAUAGAGAAUCACAAGACUAAGGCCAAGAUUGCAAUUGAAGGUGAAGCUGAAGGUAAAGAUUUGCUUAGUGUGCUCUUAAAAUUGAAGGAGACUGAUGUCGAAAAAGAUGAAGAAACUGAUAAUAAGCUCACUGACACCGACAUCAAGGCCUUGCUUUCGGACUUUUUCAAUGGAGGGACGGGCACAACAUCAACCACGGUGGAGUGGGCGCUGGUGGAGCUUAUUCGGCACCCGGACAUCCUCGCCGCCGUCCAGAAAGAGUUAGAUUCUAUUGUCGGCCGGUCUCGGCUCGUGUCGGAGCUCGACUUGCAUAACGCCCCUGUCUUGCAAGCCAUCAUCAAGGAGACGUUCCGGCUUCACCCACCACUCCCUCUCUUAAUCCCACACACAGCUUCCGAAGCAUGCAAAGUGGCUGGCUACCACAUCCCCAAAGCAACCACCCUUUUGGUCAACGUGUGGACCAUAUGCAGGGAUCCGGAGGUCUGGUCUCGUCCACUAGAGUUUGACCCAAGCCGGUUCCUCCCAGGGGGGAAGAACGCUGACGUGGACUUGAAGGGCACCCACUUCGAGCUGAUCCCGUUCGGUGCCGGACGCCGGAUAUGCAUCGGACUGCGCCUUGGGUUGAGGAUGACGACGUUGCUGCUGGCCAGCUUGGUGCAUGGCUUUGAUUGGGCCUUGCCUGAUGGGCUUACCCCUGAGACUUUGAACAUGGACGUUGAGUUUGGGCUCACUUUGGAACGUAGUGUGCCUUUGGUGGCUAGACCAAUUCCUAGGUUGGCCCAUGAAGCCUAUGAAGUCUAGUUUCCCGUUUUUCUUGACUUGUUGGAGAUGCUCAAAUAAACGUAUGGACAAGUUAUUUGUGAUAUGGACAAGUUAAGAGAAAAACAUUACAAUGUUUCACUGUCAAACUUGUUUUUCAAAAGUUCCAUAAUUAAUAAGAGGCUAUGAACUCAUCCCUGGACCCUCAAACAAAAUAAUAUGGAACAGCUUGUUGAGUGAGAUUGAGGUUUACAUAUAUAUAUAUGUACGUAUCUAUAUGCAUGUAUUUUCCGGCUAUUAUUAUAAAAAAUCACUGGGCUC